CAGCUUGUUUUUAUCCACAACUUCUGCCUCCUACAGGGGGUUCUUUUCUGCUUUCUUGUGUCGUCCUAAGAGGAAUGAAUGACAAAAACAAAGGAGGUUGAUGUCCAGAACUCUCCGACUCACUUCUUCGCCUCGCCCAAAGAACGGAGACUCCAUCUCCGGCAGAAGAUGGAAAGCGGAGGCGGGACGGAGAGCUCGGACAGCGGGCCGACGCAGCACGCGGUGCCCGGCCAGCCGCCGCCAACACCCGGGUCCGAAGCUGCGGAGCUCCCGGCGGUGCUUCCCGUUCAGCCGGCGGCCGAGAAGAAGAAGAUAAACCGGGCGCCGUCACCGGCCAGACCCAAGGAUGUACCCGGGUGGUCGCUUACGAAGAUCCGCGGAGGGAUCGGGACCCCGACCCUGAGCGUCAAGCCCGGAGCCAUCCAUCUGGGGAGCCGCAUUUCCAGGCGCAGCCCGGUGGGAAGCCUCGCCGGGAAGGAGAGUAAAGCGGAGAGAGGCGGCGGUAAAACUGGGGGCAAAUCCCCCCUCUCCGGCGGCGUGUCCAAGUCCUCCAAGGCGGCGAGAAGCGCCAGCGGGCGGAGGAAGGUGUCGGACGCCAGCAGCGUAGGAUCCGAUGAUUUAUCCAAGGACUCCGGCUGCGCCGCCGGGAAGCUCUCCCCGACAGACAGCAGCUCGGAGCUGUCGGACUGCGCCUCCGAGGACAACAAGCUGUCCGCGGAUGCUGCGAGCAGCGACGCCGAGUCGAGGAGCAGCCGGGGGCCGGACGGAGAGAAGCCGCUCAGGGAAGGCUCUCAGGCGGACAAGGCGUGUCGACAAGCCGCUGCGAGGACCGCCACUGAGAGAAGCGACAAGGACCGACUGUCUCUGAGCGCAGAGGCCGGAGAGGAGAGCGCUUCCCCCGGCGAGGACCGCUCGGUCACCUCGGUGGACAGCAGGGUUCCUGCCAGCACCUCUCUGGCUUUCUCAGACCUCACAGAGUUCACGGACGGAAUGCACGAGGAGUACCUCAGGGAAAUAGAAGAGCUCAGGUCUGAGAAUGAUUACCUCAAAGAUGAGAUGGAGGAGUUGAGGUCUGAGAUGCUGGAGAUGAGGGACAUGUACUUGGAGGAUGAUGUUUACCAGCUGCAGGAACUGCGGCAACAGCUGGAACAGGCAAACAAGACCUGCCGUAUCCUGCAGUACCGGUUGAGGAAAGCAGAGCGGCGCUCUCUCCGGGUGGCCCAAACGGGGCAGGUGGAUGGAGAACUGAUAAGGACGCUGGAGCAAGAUGUGAAAGUGGCGAAAGACGUGUCCAUCCGUCUCCACGGUCAGCUGGAGAGCGUGGAGAAUAAGAGGAGUCUUCUGGAGCAGGAGAACGAAGACAUAAGAGUCCGACUCCAGGAUCUGGAGGUCGCCAAACAAGUCCUGCAGCAAGAGGUUGACAAGAGCUCCCAGAAGAAAAGAGGAACACGAACUGGCAACAAACCUGACAAGAAGUCUGCUCCCCAGGAGGACAGCUCAGACCUGAAGUGUCAGCUCCACUUCGCCAAAGAGGAGUCGGCUCUGAUGUGCAAGAAGCUCACCAAGCUGGUGAAGGACAGCGAGGCCAUGAAGGAGGAGCUGGCCAAGUACAGGUCACUGUAUGGAGACGUCAACGCCUCCCUCACCGUGGAGGAGGUUGCCGACUCCCCGCACACCCGUGAAGCGGAGGUCAGAGUUCACCUGAAGCUGGUGGAGGAGGAGGCCAACCUGUUGAGUCGACGCAUCGUGGAGCUGGAGGUGGAGAACCGAGGCCUGCGGGCGGAGAUGGACGACAUGAAGGGAACACAAGAUGGACCUCAAGAUCUCGCAGGUGCUGGUGGUAGUCCGGUUGGAGGGCUUGGCCUCACAGGAGGGGCUGCGGUGCUCGGGGGAGGGGCUUCAUCUGAAAACAUCAUGGAGCUCCAGAGACACCUGCAGUUCGUGGAGGAGGAAGCAGAGCUCCUGAGACGGUCUCUGAUCGAGAUAGAGGAGCAGAACAAACUCCUGAUGAACGAGAUCAACCGCUACAAGUCCGAGCUCCCACCUACAGCGUCCACGCUGUCGUCCAACUCCCUGAUGUCGCUGACAGACGGGCUGCUCAACGACAGCCCCUCGCACUCCAUACAGGAAGGGGCGGUGCUCAUCAGCACGGACACCCCGACUCAUGAGGAGGAGCUCAGCGUGGCGAGGCUUCAGAUUGGAGAGCUGAGUGGGAAGCUGAAGAAGCUUCAGUACGAGAACCGUGUUCUUCUGUCCAACCUCCAGCGCUGUGACCUUGCCUCCUAUCAUGCUCCUUCCUCCUCGUCCUCGUCCUCUUUGAGACUGUCUCUGGAGACAGAUGCAGAGGCAGGGGAUUCGGCUGAAUGCCUCCCCUUCAGCUCACCUCAUCGCAAAGAGCCCGUGGGAGGAGAGAACGAACCCGUCGAGAUCGACGAACAGAAGAAGAGGAUCGAGCUCAAAGCUGAUCCAGCAACUUCACUCCCCGGGUGCCUCGGGCACAAGGACCAUGACGCCUUGUUGGCCAUGAGGGACCAGGCUCGUUUGGUUUCCACGGCGAUACAGCUACUGACCUCCCCCGAGUCCAACUGCCUCUCCUCGACCCCCUCAGUGUAUCACAAGGUCUGCAACAGCGAGGCAGCCGAGCCGUGCGAUCUGGAGAAACUGCCUCGCUGCCAGAUUUCAGAGCUGUCUGAUGUGACGGACCGCCCUCUGGUCGGUGCUCUGACCAGCAGGCUUCAGGCCCUGCACUCCCAGCUGCAGGCCUUCGUGGAGCAGGUAGACAGCCUGGGGAAAGCUCCAUCAGGGGGGAGGCAUGCUCAGGUGGAAGGCGUUUCUCCUCCGCCCUCCCCCUGCUUGUCCAUCCCUUCCGUAGAGGAUCAGGAUCAAGAGAACAGAGUCAAGGAAAAGCAGCCCGAUUAUAGGGACCAAGCAGAGCCAGACGUGAACGAUGAAACAAAGGGGAACCGCCAGGCUGUCAGCAACGAGUCGCAAAAUCAGAAAAGCGGCCAGAUGGAGCAGGAGAAGGAGACAGAUCAUGCACUGGCCAGUGUCCAGUUGUCCAAAGCAGAAGAGUCUCAGGAGGAGCUGCAGACAGAGAGGCAGAAUUACAAAGAAAUCAGUCUCAAACUCUUACAGCUCCAGGACGAGCACCAGAAGGCCUUACUCCGACGGGACUUCCAGCUGCAGAGUCUGGACCUCCAGGCUCGGCAUCAGCAGAAACUGUGGAACCAGGAGAGGACUCUGCUGGUCCAGGAGUCCCAGCACCUUAAACAGGCUCUGUUACUGCUCAGCCUCAAACUUCGCUGCUUCCUCAAACAGUGGAGGCUGGGCUGCAAGAAGGACGCAGAGUGGAAGGACGUGCUGGAGAUGAACAGCCUGAACGAUCUGUAUAUGUUGUUGGAGGACGAGAACCUGUCCGGCCCCACGAGCCAAACAGACAAACGAGAUUCUGCAGAAGAACAGCCGCUCAGUCCGACGAUAAAGUCGAGUGCUGUGAGCAGCACUUUGGCAGACCUGAGGGUAGCUCUGCAGGAUCUGAGUGCAGAGCUGAGACAGGAGAGACAAGGCUCCCAGGAACUCACUCAGCAGUUUGCUAAGGCCAAGGCGUCCUGGGAGGUGGAGAGGACCGAGCUGAAGAGCCUCAUCACGCAGCUUGAGAGUAAAGCAGGUAAAGCGACAGCAGCCCUGUCCUCUACCGAAACCCUGGACCCCGUCGACCUGAAGGUGGCGCUCAAAAAGGAACGUGAGGAACACCAGCACCUCCUUGCUGAGUCCUACGCGGCUGUGAUGGACCUAACUAAACAGCUUCAAAUCGGAGAGAGGAACUGGAGCAGGGAGAAGCUGGAGCUGCUGGAGAGGUUCAGUCAGGAGAGAGCUCAGUGGGAGCAGAGACUGAGGGAGGCCACCACACAACAGGAGAAGUCCAAGCUGCCGGGUGAUGAAUCUGCUGCGGACACGGCUGCUGCUAAUGGAUCAGCGUUACUGAGGAUCAAAUCCACAUUAAAACUGGAGGUCCCGGACUGCAACGAAACUGACAGUCAGGAGGAGAAAAGUCAGUUUGAUGCCCCACUUUUCUGUACUCGCUCCGAGCUUGGUCACAUGACCAGGAAGAACUGGACCUAUCUGAGCAACGAGACUCCAGAGAUCAUGGGCACUUGUAAAACCUGGGAUGGUCCCAGUGGCUCUCACGGCAGCUCGGUUACACCUCAGCCGGACCUUGAAUUUGUGCAGCGGAGCUACACUGCUCCAGAUCGCACCGGUAUUCGUAUCUACUACAGCCCUCCAGCUGUGAGACGCAUGGAGCACUGGAGCAGGAACCAGGAGGCCACAAACCCUCAUCACAUCCAAACUGGGAUGGAACACAAUGACACAGACACUGGUUUGGCAGAACUGAACGCCGCUGACAGUCAGCACCAACAACCCGCGUCCUUUUUUACUUCCUCCUAUGAGCAAUGGCUGGGCUCGCUGUCUAAGCAGCACCGAGAGCUGCUGGAGAGCAGAAAUAGCUGCAUUUCCAGUUCCAUGCCCAGUAUUUUUAUAAACAACGUGAGCAGUGGGAAUGCUAGCAGGGUGGUUGAUGGGAUGACGUCCGCUUCUCCGUUCCACAACCUGGAGAUUGGAGAGAUCUCAGCCAACUUAAGUGACGACAUGAAGGAAAUGACCAACUGCGUCCGUCAGGCCAUUCGCUCCUCCUCUCUGGAGAGAAAAUCCAGCAAGGAACCUGGGAAUCAGCCCAUUGGUGUGUGCACCAGAUCCACACAGACUGCUGCUCAGUCCGUCAGCAUCGGGCUUCAAACCGAGACCUUUCCCAGCAGCAGGACAGGACUCCACUCCAAAGCUUGGUCUCCUCGUCCUUCAUCAACAGCCUCCUCCUCGCUGGCGUCGGCCCGAACUCGGCAGAUUUCAACAUCUCUGGACAAAGUUCACAGCCGCAUUGAGAGACCAUGCUGCUCACCCAAGUAUGGAUCUCCAAAACUACAACGCAGGGUGUCAUCCGGCUCCACCUCCAGACUGGACGCGACGUCCUCCAACAGGGACCGCAGCUUGUGGAGCCUGCAGCAGAGACCCAUUAGUGGAGGUGGGGGGUCUGCGUGGGCUCGCUCCACCACCACCAGGGACAGCCCUGUCCUGAACGGCCUCACCGAUGGCCUCUCCAGCCUUUUCAGUGUGGUGGAGCACUCUGGAAGCACAGAGUCACUGUGGAGGGGUGAAAUGGGACCCAGCCAGACUGCCAGUCCAGCUCGGCAGCCUGCAGGAAAACCCUCCGGGACGUCAGUCUGUGGAUCAGACUCGAACUCUCAGAAGUAUGGAGGACUGGUGCAAGAGUUCAUCCGGAAUGUCUGCAGCAGUCGCAGCCCGGGAGGAGUCGCUCUGCUUGGGGAGAAAGCGCAACGAGACCCCCUUGGCAGCCUCGCAGGUGUGGGUGUUUUGGUGGCGGUUGGCAGCAUGGAUGAACCCAAACCAGACUGCAUUUCGGUGGGAAGCAAUGACAACGUGACUCGAAUUGUUAAUAAGAGGUUUAUGAGACAGACAGCUGGGGAGGAAAUGAUCAGCAUCAUGGGAGGAGGGAAGGAAGCAAGCAUCGCUGUGGUUGCAGGAACGGAGGAUGCUCCUUGUGACUGCGCUGCCCAGUCCUCCUGCUUCCUCCGACCAUCGAGAGCAGCCGUCCGACACUGCAAGCAUCGUCCACAAGAGCCUCCAGCUGCAACAGAGGAGAAAGGAGACGAGUGAUGCCCCAAAGACGCACAUACAGGACGUUUACUCCCUACAAACACCACUGCCAUGAAGAUGCUUUCCCACACCUCUCCGAUCACCAGAUGUACACACACAACUGCUACCAGGGGCACUGCCAAACCUAACACACACACGGCGAUAGCACACAGCACCGACUGCCUCACAAACCCACUGCCACCUGCACACAUUCAUAAUCACACACACAAUGACUCGUGAUGCCAAGGACAGAUCCAACACCAUGAAACUACCAGCAGGACGGAAAACAAACACCUUCUUACUCUGAGGAGAAUCAGAUGAAAUGAAAUGAUGUCUGAGCUGAAUACACAAAACCCAACCUCUAAAAUAAACUAUUAGGUGCAGUCUGCUAAGUUCAGACCAGGCACCUUCUUGUCAUCAAGAGCCAAGUCAGAUUUACUAAUAUUCAAAGUUUUAAUGGACUUUCGAGAACUUUGACACUAAGACACCAGAGCUGUAAAAAUGUUUGACUUUGAGACAGAAUCUCUGGAACUUCCUGUGUUUGAGAUGUGAUUUGAUGGAAGGCUCGGAUGCACCUACAGAGUAAUGCACUUUGUACAAACUGAUGCCGUGCUGGAAAGUCACAAGUCACAGCUACUUGGAUUGUUUUGCACAACAACCUUCCAGCCUUGACUACACAUCACAGACUAGUUUACAUUUUGUCUUAUUACUUCACAAAACGAAGACUGUGCACGACUAGACGUGUUUCAUGA